AUGGCGGCGGCGGCGGCUCCCGGAGCGGCGGGGCCGGGAAUGGCGGCGGGAGCCGGGCCCGGUGCCGCGGUGGUGGCGGCGGGGCCCGGAGCGGUGGCGGGAGGCGGCGGGGCCGCGGUGAAGAGCGGCGAGGAGCGGCUGAAGGAGAUGGAGGCGGAGAUGGCGCUGUUCGAGCAGGAGGUGCUGGGGGCUCCAGGCCCCGCCCCCGGGGACCCUUUGGCCCCGCCCCCCGUCCUGCGCCCAAUCAUCGCCACUAACACCUACCAGCAGGUCCAGCAGUCCCUCGAGGCUCGCGCCGCCGCCGCCGCCACCGUCCCGCCCUUGGGGACACCCCCGGUGCCAUUCGUGGGGCCAGCAGUGUCACCGCAGCGGCCGCCGAUCCUGCGCCCGGCGUUCGUGCCACACGUGCUGCAGAGACCGGCGGGUCCCCGGGGUCCCCUGGCCCUGCGCCCCCCCCCCGGGGCCAUGGUGGGGGUGGGGCCUCCCCUGGGGGCCCCCCCCGCCCCCCCCCCUGCUGCUCGCCCCUCCCCCACUGCAGAGACCGCCCCCCACCCCCCCCCUGGGGGCGCCCUUGGGCGGGGGAGGGGCCCUGAGAGCGCCCGGAGCGGGGCUCCGGUGCCCCCCCUGCCCCCGGUGGCCGCGGGGGGGACCCCGAGUGCCCCCCCCGGGGCCCCCCCCCCGGGCCCCCCCAAACCGACCCCGCCCGUCAUCCAGGCCGCGCCCACCGUGUACCCGGCCCCGCCCCGCCGCGCCCCGGAGGAGACCCCGCCCCCUCGGGCCCCGCCUCCCGAGGAGCCUCGGAUUGGUCCAAGCCUCCCGGCUCCGCCCCCCGCCAUGGCCACGCCCCCUCCGGAGCCACGCCCUGGCCCCGCUCACAUUGCGCCUGUGCCACGCCCCCUCCGCAGGCCACGCCCACAGGACCCGCCCUUCCCUGUGCCUGAGGUGGGGGCGGAGCCUGCGGCCGAGGACAAGCGGAAGGGGCGGGGCGAGCGGCUGAAGCGCUGCAUCCGCACGGCGGCCGGGAGCAGCUGGGAGGAUCCCAGUCUGCUGGAGUGGGACGCUGACGAUUUCCGCAUCUUCUGCGGGGACCUGGGGAACGAGGUGAACGACGAGACGCUGGGCCGCGCCUUCGGGCGCUUCCCGUCCUUCCUGAAGGCCAAAGUGAUCCGGGACAAGCGCUCGGGCAAGACCAAGGGCUACGGCUUCGUGUCCUUCAAGGACCCCAACGACUACGUCCGGGCCAUGCGCGAGAUGAACGGGAAGUACGUGGGCAGCCGGCCCAUCAAGCUGCGCAAGAGCCAAUGGAAGGAUCGGAACCUGGAGGUGGUGAGGCGCAAACAGCGCGAGAAGAAGAAACUGGGGCUGAGAUAGCCCAGACUGGGACAAACUGGGAGCACUGGGAGGGACUGGGAGGGACUGGGAGGG